CAAUUCUCCCCCAUACAAGGUGCAAUAGUUGGAUGGGAAUUGAAUAACACUAUAGAUCUGACUCGAGCUAUGCACCCAGCUCCACAAACUCUCAGUCAUUGAUUGAUAGGUCUUUUCACUUUUUGAAUCCCUCCUGUCGUCGUCGUUCAACCUCUGAAAAACUCGCGCACGAUGAACCCGCUCACGAUACUCGUCCCUCUUCUCUCCGCAAGCAUUGUUCAUCCUGUAUCAUUUUCCUUGUCACUUUCAUUCUCCCUACUCAAGUUUUUUACACGCCCCUUGCUCCUACCUCUCCGCCAGGUUUACUAUGUCCUGGUGCUUUUGAUACGGAUGCUGUUGAGGCUUGAGCCGGUAUACAACUUUUUCGGAACAGCAUUCCUCUUCGGGGCAAUUGCGGGCUACAUGCUGCACCGUACUUUGCGGUCCGCAUACCAGAUGUUGAAUAUAGCCCCUUCGCCCCCUGAGCAGCUCCUGAAGCAAAAAGAGCCGGCUCAUAUUUCAGUGACAGGAUCGUUGAAAGAGCAUGAGACCGACGAUUUUGAGAUGGCAACUCUCGGGAACGAGGGUCAGAGACGCAGGUGGUCCGGUGGGAUACGUCCGAGGACGAGAUAUAUAUAUCCCCGCUGGCUUCGAAGGUCGAAUGACCCCAUGGGCAGCAGCAUAUUAGAGGAAGAUGAGGAGUGAGCUAACGGAAAUCCCGUAUGUGUGAUAUCGCGAUCCAAUGGUGUAGCAUGCACAGAGAGAUCCCCUUAGGGGAGACUCAGGCUAUACCUUCAACCUAAAUCACCCGUCAUACAGACGCUCUAGUCAUAGAGGAUCGCGGCAGCACACACCAGGAUUCCCAGUGCACUCAGAAGAAACAUAAGACGAUAACCAAAAGAUCACCUUCUCAUGCUGAAUAUGGAUGCAAUUAAGAUCUCAACAACAGCCAUCCCACCACCAGUGGACUGACUCUGUCACCAUAUUUAGAAUUGCCCUCUGGACCAACUAUAGCUGAUGAUGAUGAAGAACAGGGCUCACCACAUCCGCGGAGACAACCCUGGUGUCUCCGGGAAGAACAGGGUACUUGAAAAGUUCCGCUCUUUCCCUUUACUCUUUCGGGACAUUUAAUCCCUUCCCACGGCAAGAGCUCUCAUGCGGCGAGGAUUGCGAGCAAGAUGGGGUCUGCGAGACUUUAUAUCGAUCUCUGUCUCUAUCUUCCCUGUCGUCAGGUUUACCUUUAUACAUAUGCUGCAGAUGUACCGUGAUUUUUUC